AUGGCCGAUCCUGGAAUCGGUGCAGAAAAUGAAAUCUCCCGGCUAUCAUUAGGCGGCUAUGGCGAUGAACCACCUCUGCCGCCGCCCAGCGUCAAAAGCGCGGGUAUCAUUGCUAUUGACAUAACAAAUCAGUUUGCAGAAGCCGUCAACACCUUGGAACCUGGUGAGCUGGUCAAAGAUGGCUUCUUUACGCUCUUUGACUCUGUCGCCGCGCUGGAGAUCAUGGAUCCGAAAAUGGAUAGCGGUUGUGUUCAGCCAGGCGAAGAAUUUGAGAUGUUGUAUGACGUGUCGCGGCCGUUGGCUCCUGAAGACAUGUCCUGGCACCUGGGUUAUCCCUUGUCGCAAACCAUAUUCACCAGCGUAUAUGUGGAAGCCCUCUUGAUGCCCGAGCCUGGUAGUAUCCAACAGGCAAGAUUCGUGAGAAAUGGCAGCAAUGGCGCAGAUCAAGAGCCUAUGCUCGACAUCCUUGGGGCCUACUGCUUGGGCAUGCUCAAAGCAUGUGGGCAUGUGAAUGAACGCAUCAAGUCUGAGCACUUUUAUGAGGAGGAAGAUUUCGUGCCAAAUACAUAUAACCGUACAUUAUUGACCAAAUUCCCUACUAGGGACGUUCAAGAUGUCCUGGCUAAAGCAAAAGAGACUGUCUUGUCACUCAAGGGCUCAAUAUCUGACGACAUUGCCCAAGCUCUUAUCAGCCGCCUGGAGCUGCGUCGUGUCUUCUUGGAUGCUACUGAAUCGCCACAGUAUAUGAAAGAUCCUCCAAAGGCGAGGGCAUCUUGGGAAGAGGCUAUUAAUCUGCUACCCGAAAUUGCCUCCACCCAUGCCUUAGGAAAACCGGUCGAGGAUGCAUUCAGCACCAAGUUACAACGGAAACUGGCUAGUACGAUGCCACCACGGCCGAUUGUCCAGAUGAAAUUUGAUGUUGCGUUUGGCCAUCUAUUACGGCUGUUUAAAGAUGGUCUAGAAGUCAUUGGUGUUUCGAAAUACACCGACUCUCAAUGCCUCCAGACGUUUGUACAAACUUUUCAAUCAAAGAAGCCUCAGCCAAUGGUCUACGUUCGCACCCUUCUCCAAACGUUCCUAUUCAACGACAUGGAGAUCCUCGGCUCCAUGUCCAUCCGCCAACUCCUCGACGACGAUUUCUCCAUCAUCACCCUGCCCGCAAACCCCCUCCUCGAUCGGGGCAAUGACGAGAUCGAAGCCGUUCAUGAUCCCCGUUUCGUCAUGUCUCAACAAAUGGAGCUCUUCCGUCAGCGAGCUGCCCAACCUUUCCUCGAUAUUCUCCGAACAGCUUGCCAAAACAGAUGUCGUGUCCGUCGCACACUAUGCCACUUAAUCCGUGACUGGGAGAAUCUGCAGGCCGACGCCGAAGACAUUGACCAGAUCAUACAGAUCAAAACCAAAGAGCAACCAGUACUGCAGCGAUCAGCACUGGGCCUCAGCUCAAUGGAGACGUACUCCCUUCCCUUGUCAUCAUGGACAUAUCUCUAUAAGCUGCGACAGAUGGAGGCCAUCGUCCAAUUAGGGUUCGAACUGGAGGUCUAUCAGAAGGACGAACUGGCCGGCAUGUACUGGUACCUAAACUACCUGGCAAAAUCACGCCUCCAGCACGCCGAGAGAAUCAAGACAUUCGUCGUGCGUCGCGCAACCGUCGCUCGAUCCGCACCCACCAUCGACCCUAGCCAUGAAGCGCAGCUGCAACGCUCCCUCACCUCUACGAGGCUAUCUAUGCUUCAUGCAGCUGUUACGUGGGAGCUCUCCGACGCCCUCAGCUGUGUGUACACAGUUUUGAAUCGCCACGCAAUCAUCAAGCCGCCCCAAAGACCAUAUAGCAACGACCAGCUACGAUAUGAAUUGCGCAUGCGCCCAUUCGCAUCUAUUGGUCUCCCCGCGCUACCUAGCUUUGAAGAAUUCAUGGCGGGCACAACACAGCCGGAUACUAGUACGGAGGAAUUGCUCGAGUAUGCUGAACGCGCCGCCGCAAGUGCAAAGAGAGGAUUUGAAGCACUGAGUCGAUACUCGGCGGAGGAGAGUUUCUCGGUGGGCUCGCAUGAGGGGUGGACUCUGUCAGCAAAGGGGGCUCUGAAGGCGUGUAUAGCUACGGGACUGGCCAUUACAAAGCUACAGCGGUUGAUGCAGGGCAAGACAUGGGAGGGUAGUAAUACUGACGGCAUAGGUGUUUCGGCCGAGGUACCCACGCCAGAUAAGUCCUAUCACGAGUGGUGGAUUGUUCCGACGAUAGCUUCAACAUCACGGUCGUAA